GUGUGCGUAUGUGUCUGUAAGAAAACAAAACAACGGUAGUGAACAAUAACUAAUGCAGUCAGAGCACAGAGAACAGGAUAUACAUUACAGUUAGCAAGUUGUUCGGCUGUUUCUUGGUGGUUGCUAGGAUAUGCUAGCUGGUUACUAGGGGUUUUCUUAGUGGUUGCUAAGGGAUGCUAACUGGUUGCUAGGGUGUUUAGGGUGGUUGCUUCCUUAGUUGUACACUCUGACCCCCCUGGCUUCAGUUUUACAUCUUCUCCUCAAAUCUGUUGUGUUGUGCCGGUGUGUUCCUCUCAGCAGGAGCAGCAGCAGCAGCAGCAGGUUUACAUCUGGUGUGUGUAGACCCGGUCUGUGACUCUGUGUAGACCUGGUGUGUCUCACUCAGCAGGAGGAGCUGCAGCAGCAGUCUCUCUGGUGCUCACUGAAGCCACAGAUUGUCUAAUUAGAUUAAGCGAGGCUUUCCUCAGAUAAUCAUUUAGCCAGCUCCUGUUUUUUUCCUCCGAUGGAGCGCUGCUUGUGACUGUGAGCUUGCUGAAGGUCAAACUAAAUUUCUGAAUAACAGGCUGGUUUUGGGAGUAAAUUGUGGUCUUGGAGCAGGUCUGCAGACUGCCGGCUGUGGCCGGGUUAUGGGCUGUUUCUGGAGCUGUGAGUGUGACGCUGCUCAGAGUAAUCGGACUGCCACUAAUACCUGCUGCUGCUAACAGGAGGCGAUGGGGGAAGUUUCUUCACAGAGUCCCCGUCAGGCCAGAUCUGGACCUCAGGCCGACCACUGAGUCUGUGUUUUUCGGGAAGGCCUCUGUCGAGUCCCAGAGGAAAGAGACAUGGCCACCAACUCGUUUCGUGGGUCGAAACAUGGCAGACGUGGUGAGGCCAACCACGAGGCGGAGUUCAGCUGCUCACUGCUGGAGCUGCGCUCGCUGAUGGAGCUGAGAGGAGCAGAGUCUAUAGCCAGGAUCCAGGAGUGUUAUGGCGAUGUUAAUGGACUGUGUGCCAAACUAAGGACGUCACCAGUCGAAGGUUUAGAUGGAAACUCGGAGGACAUCGACAGAAGGAAACAGGAGUUUGGACAGAACGUCAUCCCUCCUAAAAAGCCAAAAACCUUUGUGCAGUUAGUGUGGGAAGCCCUGCAGGAUGUCACGCUGAUCAUCCUGGAGGUGGCAGCCAUAAUUUCAUUAGGCCUUUCUUUCUACAGACCGCCUGAUGCUGAGAGAAAGAACUGUGGCAGAGCGGCUGGCGGAGUGGAGGACGAGGGUGAGGCGGAGGCUGGAUGGAUCGAAGGCGCUGCCAUCUUGCUGUCGGUGGUGUGUGUGGUCCUGGUGACUGCCUUCAAUGACUGGAGCAAAGAGAAGCAGUUCCGUGGCCUCCAGAGCCGAAUCGAGCAGGAGCAGAAGUUCACCGUGGUCCGAGGGGGGCAGAUGAUCCAGAUCAAAGUGUCUGAGAUUGUCGUUGGAGACAUUGCACAAGUCAAAUAUGGUGACCUCCUCCCUACUGACGGCAUCCUGAUUCAGGGCAACGAUCUGAAGAUUGAUGAGAGCUCUCUGACCGGAGAGUCAGAUCAUGUCAAGAAGAGUCUCGACAAAGACCCCACAUUGCUGUCAGGUACCCAUGUGAUGGAGGGCUCUGGCAAGAUGGUGGUCACCGCUGUAGGUGUGAACUCUCAGACUGGAAUCAUCUUCACACUGCUUGGUGCUAGUGAGGAAGGUGACGGUGAUGCUGAGGAAAAGGCUGAGAAGGAGAAAAAGAAGAAAGAGACUGAGAAGAAGAAAGAGGAGCGUAAAAAGAAAGAGAAGAAGGACAAGAAAAGUAAAAAAGAUGACAAAGGCAAGAAAGGAAAAAACAAGGAUGGAGGCACUGUGGAGAUGCAGCCACUCAAUGAGGAUGAAGAACCAGAGAAGAAGAAAAACCUACCAAAGAAGGAAAAGUCAGUCCUCCAGGGGAAGCUGACCAAAAUGGCUGUGCAGAUCGGAAAAGCAGGUCUGUUCAUGUCGGCUCUCACUGUCUUGAUCCUCUUCACUCGCUUCCUGAUCGAUACCUUCUGGGUGCAAGGGGUUCCCUGGACUAAAGAGUGUACGCCCAUCUACGUGCAGUUCUUUGUCAAGUUCUUCAUCAUCGGUGUGACGGUGCUGGUGGUGGCCGUGCCUGAGGGUCUCCCUCUGGCCGUCACCAUCUCUCUGGCCUAUUCAGUCAAGAAAAUGAUGAAGGACAACAACCUGGUCCGCCACCUGGAUGCCUGUGAGACGAUGGGCAACGCCACGGCCAUCUGCUCCGACAAGACGGGCACACUCACUAUGAACCGCAUGACAGUGGUGCAGACCUACAUCGCAGGGGGCUACUACAAAAAGGUGCCGGAUCCGGACCUGAUUCCUGCAAAGAUCCUGGACCUGCUCGUCCUGGGCAUCGGGGUCAACUGCGCCUACACCACCAAGAUUAUGCCUCCAGAGAAGGAGGGCGGGCUGGCUCGCCAGGUGGGAAACAAGACUGAAUGUGCCUUACUGGGACUGUCCCUCAACCUGCACCGAGACUACCAGACCAUCCGCAAUGAAAUCCCAGAAGAGAAACUGUUCAAAGUCUACACCUUCAACUCUGUGAGGAAGUCCAUGAGCACCGUGCUAAAGAACCAUGAUGGCAGCUACCGAAUGUUCAGCAAGGGGGCCUCUGAGAUCCUGCUCAGGAAGUGCUGUAAGAUCCUGACAGCCAGCGGCGAGGCCAAAGCCUUCAAACCUCGGGACCGAGAUGACCUGGUGAAGAAUGUGGUUGAGCCAAUGGCGUCGGAGGGCCUAAGGACCAUCUGCCUCGCCUACAAAGACUUCCCCGCUACUGAGGGAGAGCCUGAUUGGGACGAUGAGGCCCACAUCCUCUCCGGCCUCACCUGCAUCGCCGUGGUCGGCAUUGAGGACCCUGUACGACCUGAGGUACCAGAAGCCAUCAGGAAGUGCCAGCGGGCCGGGAUCACUGUCCGCAUGGUGACUGGAGACAACAUCAAUACUGCCCGGGCCAUUUCCACCAAAUGUGGCAUCCUGCAACCUGGAGACGACUUCCUGUGUAUGGAGGGUAAAGAGUUCAACCGACGGAUCCGCAACGAGCUGGGCGAGAUUGAGCAGGAGCGUAUUGAUAAGAUAUGGCCAAAGCUGAGAGUCCUCGCCAGAUCGUCUCCAACGGACAAACACACUCUGGUCAAAGGUAUCAUCGACAGCACUGUGAUGGAGCAGAGGCAGGUUGUCGCGGUAACUGGAGACGGAACAAACGACGGUCCCGCCCUCAAGAAAGCAGAUGUUGGCUUCGCCAUGGGUAUUGCGGGGACGGACGUGGCGAAGGAGGCGUCGGACAUCAUCCUGACAGACGAUAACUUCAGCAGCAUCGUGAAGGCUGUGAUGUGGGGCAGGAAUGUCUACGACAGCAUCUCCAAGUUCCUACAGUUCCAGCUCACCGUGAAUGUGGUCGCCGUCAUCGUGGCCUUCACCGGAGCCUGCAUCACCCAGGACUCUCCACUGAAAGCCGUGCAGAUGUUGUGGGUCAACCUCAUCAUGGACACCUUCGCUUCGCUGGCUCUCGCCACUGAGCCGCCAACAGAAGCGCUGCUGCUCAGGAACCCGUACGGCCGCACGAAGCCACUCAUCUCCCGCACCAUGAUGAAGAACAUCCUGGGACACGCCGUCUACCAGCUGACCGUAAUCUUCACCCUACUCUUCCUUGGUGAGAGGCUAUUUGACAUCGACAAUGGCAGGAACGCCCCCCUCCACGCCCCGCCCUCUGAGCACUACACCAUCGUGUUCAACACGUUUGUCCUGAUGCAGAUCUUUAACGAGCUCAAUGCCCGCAAGAUUCACGGCGAGAGGAACGUCUUUGAGGGUGUCUUCAAAAACCCCAUCUUCUGCUCCAUCGUCCUGGGAACCUUCUUCAUACAGGUCAUCAUUGUGCAAUUUGGUGGUAAACCGUUCAGCUGUGUGAAGCUGAACAUCGAGCAGUGGCUGUGGUGUGUCUUCCUGGGCCUCGGCAGCCUCCUGUGGGGACAGCUGGUGUCCAGUGUCCCCACUAGCUGGCUGAAGUUCCUGAAGACAGCAGGUCACGGCACGCAGCAGGAGGAGAUCCCUGAGGAAGAGCUGGAGGAAAUGAAGGACCAGAAUGAGAUCGACCAUGCUGAGAUGGAGCUGAAGAGGGGCCAGAUGCUCUGGUGCCGUGGCCUCAACCGCCUCCAGACGCAGAUUCGUGUAGUGAACGCCUUCAGAGACAGCGUGUCUCCCUACGAAGGUCUGGAGACGCCCGAGUCUCGCAGCUCCAUCCACAACUUCAUGAGCCAUCCUGAGUUCCGCAUCGAGGACUCAGAGCCUCAGAUACCCCUGAUCGAUGAGGCAGAGGGCGAGGACGACACCCCCACCAAACGCAACUCCAUCUUCAUCCCACCGCCGCUGACUGGACUGGCCGCCCUGCCGCCUCACCCGUCCUCACCCAACCAGAACAACAACGCCAUGGACCACAUCGUCCCACUGCAUAAGGACACCUCCAGGUCCGGUCUGAUCCCGCCCAACUCAGCGGGUCUGCCGCCUUGUCCGGGGAGCCCCCUGCAUAGCCUGGAGACCUCACUCUGAAGCACCACACCCAGACCUGACCACUUCCUGUUAAAAUGGUCUGUUCGUACUGUGUUUGUUACGCAGAGAGUUCUGGUUUUUCUGAGAGCCAAGGAACGAAAAAACAUUUUAAAAACAGACUCUUGGUUCUCGGCAGGACUUCACCUGCUGGUUUUUAGAAUCCAGGAAGCAGAAAUGUUUCCAGCUGUGUUUGUGGUUGUGUAUUGUUGAUCAAUAAUCUGUAAAUAUUCAUGUUGAUGUUCAGAUGUAGUCAGAGCUCGUUUUAAUGUGCAGUUUGUCAGCAAACAAGCUGAUGUGAGCUGACAGUGACGAGUUCAGGUUAGUUUGGUGUCAAGGUUUAACUUUAAGGAUCUGUGACUGAAAUGUUUAGUCUGUCAGCUUAAAUGGGGGGCGUUAUUCUUACAGAAACGUGUUUGUAGACAGAAAAGUUUAAAGUAAAUGUCUAACGUUGGAUUUUAUUCUAGUAUUUUUGUAAAAAAUGUUUUAGGUUGUCGUUUCAAAAGAUGUAAAACCAAAAGUUAUUAAAAGUUAAAAAACC